AUGGCAUCCAAAUAUACAGAACAGAAUGCAGACAAGGUCAAAGAGGCACACUCGACCCUCUACGAUGCUGGUCUCGAGAUGCGCAACAAAGUCGCCGGCAAAGAAUACGUUGAUCGUGCCCUCGCCAAUGCCACCUCAGACUUUGCUAAGCCCAUGCAAGAGCUAGCAACAGAAGCGGCAUGGGGAAGCAUUUGGACACGACCAGGCCUAGAUCUCAAGACUAGAAGUUUGUUGAACAUAGCGAUGCUGUGUGCUUUGAACCGAGGUCCUGAGUUGGCUGUCCACACCAGAGGAGCGUUGAACAACGGAGCCUCGGAAGUCGAGAUCCGAGAGGUCAUUUUACAGGCAGCGGUAUAUGCUGGUAUGCCAGCUGGAAUGGAAGGCACAAAGGUUGCUGAGAAGGCUAUCAACGAGUGGAAGGAGAAGCAAUAG